AUGCCGAAAGUAAAAAACAAGGGCGUGAUUUCGUUUGUUGGAGAAAGAGUUGAAGAUCCACCGCGAGACGAAUCAAAUAGUGUAAUUAUGUAUGAAACUGCAGAGGUUGAGGUAAUCGGAGGAGUUGGAGCUGUAGAGGUUGAGGUUAGAGAAGGAUUUGGUGCUUCGGAGGCUGAUGUCGAAGGAGUCGGAGCUGUAGAGGUUGAGGUAAUCAAAGGAUUUGGAGCUUCGGAGGCUGAGUUCGAAGGAGUUGGAGCUGUAGAGGUUGAUGUCGGAGAAGGAUUUGGUCUCAAGAAGUUAAGCGGUGAAGAGGAGGCUAUUGAGCCUGAAGUGGAGCAUGAAGUGGAGCACGACAGUGAAGAUGAUUGUGUGGUGUAUGAUGAUGACGACUUCGAUGAUGUUGAUGAUGGAGCUGGUGGUGAAGAUAACGAAAUGCAAGGUGGUGAAGAUGACGAAAUGCAGGGUAUGGAAGAAGAUGUUAACGCAAAUAUUGCAGACGACUUCCCAGAGGCUGUUAGAGGAAUAGAAGAUGGUUCUGAUUCCGACAGCGGUGAUGAUAUAUGGGAUGAUGACAAAAUUCCAGAUCCUUUUUCAUCUGAUGACGAAGACGAGGCCCAAGACAAAGAAGAUGGAGGUCGUAGAGAUGUUGACGAUCCAUAG